AGUCAUGGCUCACAUUUCUUUUUUGUGACGUGCCCAACACGACGACUCGGAUCGUUUUCGGCUAGUUGAACAAUUUGUGCACUGUUUGCGUUUCACAUGAUAGAAAUUACAAAAUAUAGAGAAGCAGGACACUAUAUUACUGGUAUUGUGACCUAAAACCUACAGGCUAAACAGAAUGGGUAAGGCUAAAAAAGGAAAGAAGAAUCAGACCGCUGACGAUGGGGACAGCGACGUCGAAACUACUAAUAUUGACAACGUAAAGCCCACACAGCAGAGUAAAAAGAAAAUCGUGGAGUCCGAUGACAGUGAAGAGGAAAAGCCGAAAUCUAAGGCAAAGCAUAAAAAGUCUGUCGAUGAGGAUAUAAAAGAAGUCACAAAAAAUAUAAAAAAUGUAUCAAUUUCAAGUAAAAAUCAAAAGAAGAAAGUCGAAAGUGAAGAUGAGUCAGAUGAGGAGCCUGAGCAAAAGCCUAAGAAAAAAGGCAAAAAGGAUGAAAAGAAGAGUGCCUUUUCACUCCUAGAGAUUGAAGACGGAGAUGACUCAGGGCCAGAAGCACCUCCUUCAUCGGACGAUGAUAAGCCAGUCCAGAAGUCACAAAAGAAACCCACCCAAGAAAAAAAAGAACCAGCUGGCAAAAAGGGUAAAAAAGCUAAAAGGAAGAAGGAUGACAGUGAUGAUGAUUUAGAAAAAGUUCUUGCUGAGUUGGAAAUGGAGUACGCUGGAGUCAAAACUGAACCGGCUGCUGCUCCUGCAGCAACGGAAGUAGCAAAGGAAGCAGAGGUGGCGGAAGAAAAACCAAAAGCAAAGAAGAAAGGCAAGAAAGAAGAGCCAAAAGAAGAAACACCUAAAGACACCGAGGAAAAAGAAGGCAGCGAUAAUGAAAACGAUGUGACAAUAAAAUCGGCUGCUCAGAAAAAGAAAGAAAAAAAAGAGAGAGAAAAGCAAAAGAAACUGGAGGCCAAGAAAAAGGAGAAAGAGCAAGAGCCUAAAAAAGCCGUUGAUGCUAAAGCACCUGAAAAAGUAGAAAGCAAACCUGAAGAAACAAAAGAGGAGGUAAAAGCACCUUCGGAAGAAAAAGAGGCUGAGGGAGAUGUCCCAGCCACAGAAGGAAAGAAAAAGAAGAAAGGUGAAAAGGCUGAUAAAGAUGAUAAAGGAAAGAAGGGGCCGACUAAAAAAACAAUUGCUGCGAUGCAAGAGGCCCUCAAGAAGGUCAAAGAAGAAGAAGAGCGCAUGAAGAAAGAAGAAGAAGAAAGGCUGAAACAGGAGGAAGAACGUGAACGCCAAAGGUUAGAAGCGAUAAGGUUAGAAAAGGAACGUAAAGAGAUAAAGAAACAAAAGGAAAAAGAGAGAAAACUAAGACUUAAGGCGGAGGGUAAAUUACUCACGCCUAAACAGAAGGCUGAGAAAGCUAGGGCGCAGGCUUUGUUAGAUUCACUUAAAGCACAAGGUAUUGAAAUUGGUUCCGCUGAGAAGAAACCACCGAGGCCUGGGACUAGGAUCAAGCCACAAAGGCUGAAGAGUCAAAUGUCCCAGGAGGCACCCGCCACACCUGUAGAAGAAAAGAAGAUUGAAUUAGAAAUCGUUGAUAAGAAAAAGGAGGACACAAAACCUGAAGAAAAGAAGAAAGAAUCUGAUGAUGAGUCAGUGAAGGAUGCGUGGGAUGCUGAAUCAUCAGAGGAUGAAGCAGAAAAAGCAGAACCUGAGCCAGUUACACCUGUAAAAGAAGAGAAGCGAGCUUCACCUGAAGAUGAUAAGUCUAAGGAGAAAGAGGACGAUGAUGAGAGUUCGGAAGAAGAUGAUGACAGCUCAGAUGAAGAUGAUGACAGCUCUGAAGAAGAUUCCGAUGAUGAUCAGAUGACUGACGCCCAGAAGAAGAGGGAGGUCAUUUUGAAGAGAUUAGAGAAACGUCGCGAAGAGAACGAAGCGAACAAGACCAACAAUCCGCUUCGCGCGGCCGUGGUAUGCGUCCUAGGCCACGUGGACACCGGCAAGACGAAGAUCCUUGACAAACUUCGGCGCACUAACGUGCAAGAUGGCGAGGCGGGAGGAAUCACGCAGCAGAUCGGUGCCACUAACGUCCCGAUUGAGAAUAUUAAGGAGCAGACCAAGCAUGUUAAAGGGGUAUCUGAAAUAGCCUUCAAAUUGCCGGGUCUUCUCAUCAUUGACACGCCCGGGCACGAGUCCUUCAGUAACUUGAGAAACAGAGGAUCUUCACUUUGUGAUAUUGCCAUUCUUGUCGUAGAUAUUAUGCACGGUCUCGAGCCUCAGACUAUAGAAUCCAUCAACAUGUUGAAACAAAAGAAGACGCCGUUUAUCGUGGCUUUGAACAAGAUAGACCGUCUGUACGACUGGCAGAGCGCACAGCGUAAAGACGUGAGGGAUAUCUUGAAGAUGCAGCAGCCUAACACACAGCUGGAGUUUGAGAAGAGGAGCAAGGAUGUCAUGCUGCAGUUCGCUGAACAGGGUUUGAAUGCAGCUCUGUUCUACGAGAACCCGGACCCUCGCACCUACGUGUCCCUGGUUCCUACUUCAGCGGUCACGGGCGAAGGCAUGGGCAACUUACUGGCCAUGAUCGUGCAAGCCUGUGAGGGCCCGCUGCACAAACGGCUGGUGUUCUCGCACCAGCUGUUAGCUACCGUGCUCGAGGUGAAAGCGAUCCCCGGGCUGGGCACAACGAUCGACACGAUCCUGAUCAACGGAACCCUUCACGAAGGCGACACCAUGGUGCUGGCUGGUACAGAUGGGCCCAUCGUCACGCAGAUACGAUCUCUUUUGAUGCCGCAGCCUAUGAAGGAAUUGCGCGUCAAGAACGCGUACAUUGAGCACAAAGAAGUGGUGGGCGCUCAAGGAGUGAAGAUUGCAGCUAAGGAGUUGGAAAAGGCUAUUGCUGGUCUCAACCUUCUGGUGGCACAAAAACCUGAUGAAGUGGACGUGCUCAAAGAGGAGGUGGCGCGCGAGCUGAAGUCGGCCCUGUCGUCGAUCAAGCUGACGGAGCGCGGCGUGUACGUGCAGGCAUCUACACUCGGCUCGCUUGAAGCGCUGCUGGAGUUCCUUAGGACUAGCAAGAUCCCGUACUCGGCCAUUCGGAUAGGGCCGGUGGUAAAGCGCGACGUGAUGAAGGCAUCCGCCAUGUUGGAGCAUGACUCGCAGUACGCCACCAUAUUGGCUUUCGAUGUCAAGAUCGAACGCGAUGCCCAAGAGUUGGCCGACCAGUUAGGCGUGAAGAUAUUCGCAGCAGACAUCAUCUACCACCUGUUCGACAAGUUCAUGGCCUACCGCGAGGAGCUGAAGCAGAGGAAGCGCGAGGAGUUCAAGCACAUCGCCGUCUUCCCCUGCAAGCUUAAGAUCCUGCCACAAUUCGUGUUCAACUCGCGUGACCCGAUCGUGGCUGGCGUGAUGGUAGAGGCAGGCAUUGUCAAGGAGGGCACUCCCAUCUGUGUGCCCAGCAAAGAGUUUGUGGAGCUGGGAGUGGUGACGUCAAUCGAAAGCAACCACAAGCAAGUGGAAUCGGCCCGCAAGGGGCAAGAGGUGUGCAUCAAGAUCGAACCCAUACCCGGCGAGUCGCCCAAGAUGUUCGGCAGACACUUCGACGAGACAGAUUUCCUAGUCAGCAAGAUAUCUCGUGCAAGUAUCGACGCCUGCAAAGACUACUUCAGAGACGACCUGGUGAAGACCGAUUGGCAACUCAUGGUGGAACUCAAGAAACUCUUCCAGAUACUUUAACCUGCCUCUCUAAACUUGGAAAAUUCACUCAUCGUCUUUUAUGACGUGUUUAUUUAUCCAAACCCUUGAACCCCACUGUCUAUUCCAUCUAACCCUGUACCCUCCGUAUCACAAGAAUCUCAUGGUACUUCUGUUUUGUAUCUAGCCAUGAUCGUAGACGAGUAUAACCUACGUCAUAUCGGAGCGCCCAUUUUGUUCUUUUAAAAUUGUUUUUUCUACUGCCAUGUUUUAAAAACAGAAGAAGUGUCGAAUUAUUUACACAGUCUAUCAUGAGAGAUUGUAAAUAGUAUUAUACACAAUUUAUUUAUUAUGAAGAUGUCGAUUUUAUUUCAACCUUUGUUAUCUUUUUGGACCUUAGUUGCUUUCCUAUCAACAUCACAGUUUUGUACACGUGUUUAAUACCACUUCAUCUGUAAAUAUUCAUAUGAGUUUGCAAUAAAAUUUUGUAGUUGUAUGUAAAUAAACCUUGAGAAAAUUGUCGCAACUGUCCUUACUAUGUAACCCAU